AUGAAUUUGGAAAAUUCAGACAAAGAAGAUAAUUCUAGUACAGUCAAUGGUAAGUUGACACCCUUAACAAAAAGAGAAUCGAUAGGAUGGUAUUUUCUUUCUGCAGCAAACGGGGUUUAUGGUGGUGCUCCAAUAGGAGUGCUCAUUCCUUUACUCUUGGAAAAUCUAUCCGGUCAGGCUGGAUAUGAACUUGAUCUUGUGACUCCAUGUAACACGGCAAAACUAUAUUUGUUGGCUGGAGUAUUCGCUAUCAUAUCAAAUUGUUGUUACGGUGCAUCAAACAUCUUUACUAUUGCAUAUAUCCCAAUAUUUGCUCGAAAUCAUCCAAAGGUCAUAGAUGCAAAAAAUUCAGAUGUUCCUAUCUCCGAAAUUAAAAAGUUGGAGGAUAAAAUGACCGUUAAAUUCUCAUCAAAAUCAUUAAUUGUGGCAAUUUUUGCUAUUAUGAUAGUAAUGUUUGCUACUGGUGGAAUUCUCGUAUUAUUAAAAGACUCUCCAUAUGCCAUUCAAAUUGCAUUAGUAUUUGCUGGUUCUUGUUGGUUGAUUCUAUUAAUAUUUCCGGCAAUGUGGUUAACUAAGAGACCAAAACCUCCUUUGCCAAGUGGUGAAAAUUAUUUAUUAUACUCUUGGAAACGUGUGGGAAAAACCUUGUUAUCAACUCGUUCACUCUGGCAAACUAUGAAAUGUCUUUUUGGCUGGUUUUUUAUAUCUGAUGGUGUAAACACAUUAAUAGUAGUCGGUGUUCUGCUCGGUAGAAAACAACUUGGAUUGACCGACGCAGAGAUCGCUCUAAUGUCAGCACUAGUUCCAUUAUUCGAAAUAAUUGGCAUAUCUAUAUUUUUAUAUUUACAAAAAUUAUUUCAUUUGACUGAAAAAAAGAUCGUUGUAAUUUCUUGUAUAUUUGCAAUUUUUGGCACAAUUGAUGUUGAGAAAGCUAAACAGGAUGCUGAUGCGUUUUCUA